ACACCGGGGACAUUUUCCUUCCAAAUCGCGUGUAACCGUGAGUGGAGCCGCCUCGAACAUGCCGUUCAGUCCGGAGACGGUGAAACCUCCGCUGCACGACCAGAUCACGGAGAUGCAGCGCAAAAUCCAGCUGCUGGAGGGCGACAGAACUGCUUUCUACGAGAGCUCCCAGACCACGAUCAUGAAGAACAGAGACGCCAUCGUCGAACUGAGGCAGGAGAACAAGCGGCUGUACAGGAAACUGGCAGAGGCUAAUGCUGGUGAUGAACACAUCAUUAAAGGGGCCUUUCAUAACAGAGGCCUGGAGAAGGAUGCUUACCGCAAUAUGUCAGUGAAGGAGGCCCAAACGACGCUUGACAGGAGAGUACUGUCCAAGAUAAAGCGCCUCAAUUCCCUGAAGCACACCACUAAGACGUACCAGCAGCGCCUCGACGAGCUCAGCAAGGAAUACCGGAGGAUGAGGCCAGACGGCAGCGGUGGGGGCCAGUCUGCAGACGCCCGUGCUCGGAAGCAGGAGGAGGAGGCCAUGAACCUGCGAGCGCUGGAGAACAGCCUGGAGAAGACGCAGUUCAAGUGCAAGGAGGCUGAGAACAUCACGACUAACUACAUGAAACUCAAACGUCACUUGCAGGAGGAGAGUCUGACUUUCCAAGGCCAGCUGGACAGUCUGGAAGCGGAAAUCCUGAAGAACGCAGAGGAGCACCGCAAGCUGCAGAUCAUGAACCACGACGCCCAGCUCUCCAAAGAAGCAGCCAAGAUUGAGUUACAGCAGCAGGAGGAGCUGCUCUACAGGGAGCGUAAAGAGAGGGAGAGCAUCAUAGCCAGCUACAGGAAAAAGGUUGAAGAACGCAAGGCCCAGGCCGAAAAAGCCGAAAGAAGGACCCAGAGAAUGACUGCGCAGCCAGAUGAGCCGAGCAGCGAGCCUCAGCGCAGCACCACCAGAAUGGCCGGAGAGGAGGACAAAGCGACGUCUGCCUUUGAGGACGCCUUCCAAAGGAUCAAGGAGGCCACUGGAGUCACAGACAUACACGAGGUGGUGGAGCGCUUUAUCUCACAAAAGGAGACGCAUCAGAGGCUGGAGAAGCUGAAGGGAGAGAACGAGACGGCGCUGCAGCAGCUGAGUCAGCAGAAGGAGCUUCUGACCCAACAGUUCCAGGACAUGAAGUACUCUGGGGAGGCUAAUUCCUCGAGCACCCAGCAGUCGCUGCAGGAGAGCGAGCAGCAGCUGACGGCUCAGCAGCAGCGGUGUGAGGCCGCCAGAGAGCGCUUGGACUGGCUGCUCAGAACCCUCGGUACCGUCCGAUCCGGCAUCGAGCACCUGGCAGACAAGCUUCAACACCUCCCGUUGAAUGAGGACUUGGCGGCCGAGGUGUCUCCAGACUCAGACGAGUUUGUUGUGGAGCUGAUGACCCAGUGUGAGCUGAAGUUGGGGCUGCUGCGCGAGGAGCUUCAAGAGAAGGACCUGGCUGCUAUUAUGAAGGAGAUGGAGGAGGAGGAGUUCUAUGUCAGGAUUGAGGGAAAACUUCCUGUUUACAACACUCGUGUCAAACUCCCUGAGGACCAAAGACAGGACCUGUCCGACGAAGAGGAGGAGAGUGACGAGGAAGACGAGGCCGACAUCAUCUCACGGGAGGCGCUGAAGCGUCAGUCUCAGCUGAUCAUUGAAUCCAAGUCCAAAAAGAAACCCUGGAAGAAGAAGAAGGGGAAGUUCUGACCAGGAAACCAGAGCUUCAACAAAUGAUCAAAUGCAUGUGAUGAGGUUUUCUGUUUUCUUACUGUCUGCUGAAACCUAAGGGUUGUUAAUGCAAUAAGCGUGUGAUGCUCUGCAGCUUACGUCAAUCAAAGCAACACACAUCUAAGUCUUAUUCUUUGUAUCAAAUCCAAAGAUGCUCCUGCUUCGUCCCAGUAAAAAAUAAAACGUGUUUCAGGAUUGUC